ACACAGUGGCAACCAUAAGGCCUUUAUUGACAACUGCGUUAUGACUAGCUUGCAGAGCAUACUUGCACAUGUUACUUGGCCAGCUCAUUUGUUUGCUAGUGGUAUGGUGCUUAACUAGUUAGAUUGUACAAAGGUGUCGUUUGUUUACACCACAAAUUGUUCGACAGUAACGUUGCAUACACAUAAGUUAGCUUUUAAAGUUGCAUGAUAGAAAGAUCGACACCGAUCUCGCCGACUGCUCGUAUUUAGCUAGCUAGCAACCUAGAGAUAGGCAGGAAGCGAUUGUAGUAGCAUGCAUGACUACUUAGCAGUGUUAUGGCAGGGCGGUGAGCCUGCUAGCUUUCCUUGAUGUCACGUGAGUGUAUAAGCAAGGCAGCAUACAGUUUAGCAGUUUGAAUUUGAUCAGGGUUUCAAUGUUCACGUGGUUGCCAACUUGCUAGACUCCCUUGUCAAAACGGGCAGCUUGCGGGUCUGAGUAUCGAGCAAAUAACUUGCCUAGGUCAGUAUACUCUCUGAAUAGGGUGUCCAGGAUCAGGUGAAGUUACUUGGCUAUCUGAGAUUAUGUGACGAACUAGUUGAUUCAUGGCGAUAAACACAAAUUAAUAUAGUGUCCUAUAUUCAUUUGUGUUUAGUUAGCAAGCUACCCGGUCAAGGGCAAUUGUUCUUUCACGGAUGAAGUUGACCGUAUUACUAUAUUCUGCAAAAAGUCCUUUGCAAAAUGCAUGCCUAGCUAUUUUGUGGCAAAGAGAAAAAUAAGCAUUUUCUAACGCCUCGCCUCAAGACGUCUCCAUGGAAACAGUAUGCACAUUUCUUCAGAAUCUUGCUCGAGUUUUUGGUUUUACAUGCUCUCUGUAUUCAUCAUAGUGUCCUCUUUUCUGUUGAACUGUAUAUUUAGGAUGAUUGUUUGUGUUUAUGUUUUCCUUUUUUAACUUGCCUUGCAUGUAAUCUACAAGAAAACAUUUGUACAGAUGUUAACAGCUUGUCCAAUCUUUAGUAUGUACUACAGAUAGGUAUGAAGCAGUGCAUUGUAUUAGGCUAUAUCUAACUUACCAUGUCAUUUUGAAGGUAGGCCUAGUAUGUAAUCGUCUUCAUUGCUUUGAAGUGCUGUAUUACUAUGUAGGUAACAUAGUAUUGACUUUAGGUUAGUAUUGUUAAGUUUGGCUAUAUGGUGAGAAGUGGAUUGAUAGGUUGAGUUUAAUCAGUUGUGAAUACUACAAUAUUGGCAUAAUCACAAAAAUUAUUAUUUUUAUUUUUUUAAAACUCGAAUGCAAGAGCAAACCAGUUCAAGCCACUGACAGCAGGCCAGGGACAUUGCAUGUUUUUGCUGUUCACCAUUUGUGGUGCUUUUGCUGGGAACUUAAAACUCCCAAAUGAAACAUGAUGCCAUGACCUCCAUUAGAUAGUUCUCUCAGUAAGAGGCUUGGCACAGCAGCGUCCUUUAUUACAUCUCAUGUAGCAUGCGAAAACUUCACUAUGAAAGAGAUGGUAUUGUGAAAAUGGGCUUGGAAGAACAGGUGGACUUCACAGCUUUGCAGUGGAUUGUGUCACCCUUGCCACACAGCUAUAAGCUACAGUUGCGACCAAAAGUUUACAUACACCUAGGCUAAAGAUAUUCAAACUCAGUUUUUCACAACUCCGCACAUUUCAUGUUACCAUACAUUUCUAUUGGCAAGUCAAUUAGAGCAUCUACUUCAUUCACAUCAGAGGUCAUUUUAAAAGAGACAGGUUUAUUUAAGCUUUAAUUCACUAUAUCAGAAUUCCAGUGGGUCAAAAGUUUACAUGCACGAAGUUGACUUUCUCUUUAAACAGUCCGGAAGAUUCCAGAAAUUGAUGUAAUGACUUUUUAGAAGCUUCUGAUUGGCUAAUUGCCAUAAUUAGGAGUUAAUUGGCACCUGUGGCUGUAUUUAAGGGCCUACCUUUAGAGCCACUGCCUUUUUGCCCUUGAUACCAUGGGAAAAUCCAAGCAACUCAGCCAAGACCUCAGAAAAAAAAUUGUGGACCUCCACAAGGCCGGUUCCUCUUUAGGAGCAAUUUCCAAACAACUGAAGGUACCACGAGCAUCUGUACAAACAAUUGUAUGCAAAUAUAAAAAUCUUGGGACCACACAGACACUGCAUCGUUCAGGAAGGAGGCACAAAUUAACUCCCAGGGCUGAACAAACUUUGGUCCGAAAGGUUCAACUGAACCCCAAGACAACAACAAAGGAACUGGUGAAGGAGUUGGAGGCAUCAGGUACCAAAGUAUCUACAUCCACCAUUAAGAGAAGCCUCCAUCGCCAUGGCGUGAAAGGCUGUCGUGCAAGGAAGAAGCCCCUACUCCAAGACCGGCAUAAAAAAGCCAGAAUGAAGUUUGCAGCAUGCUAUGGCAUUGUUCAAGUCCCCACUGGCCCCUGGUUUUGUAGAAAAUGUGAAUCCCAGGAGAGAGCAGCUAGGGUGAUUAAGGGGUGGAAGGGAAGAAAGCCCAGUCAGCAGACCCCAGAUGGAGGAGGACGAUCUGCCACCCACCACAAAGAUGCGGAGGACGAGGGACAUGCCAAAAGUUUAAAAACUGUGAAUUCUUGGAGGUGUGAGCUGUGUCCCCACAAGGACGGUGCCCUCAAGAGGACCGACAACGGAGGGUGGGCCCAUGUUGUCUGUGCUCUGUACAUCCCAGAGGUGGAGUUCGCCAACGUGUCAACCAUGGAGCCCAUUGUCCUGCAGUCUGUCCCCCACGAACGCUACAAUAAGACGUGCUACAUAUGCGAGGAGCAAGGCCGCGAGAGCAAGGCCGCGACUGGGGCCUGCAUGACCUGCAACAAACAUGGCUGCCGACAGGCCUUCCACGUCACGUGUGCCCAGUUCGCUGGGCUACUGUGCGAAGAACAGGGGUCAGACGCAGACAAUGUCAAGUACUGUGGAUACUGCAAAUACCAUUACAGCAAACUGAAACACAAAGAGAGGGACAAACACAAGCCCCGGCACAAAAGGUCCUCGGAGCCCUCCUCGUCCGUCGCUGCGGCCUUGACCGUCUCCACGGAGAAGCAGAGCUACAGCAGCGGCAGCAGCGGAGGCUCAGUGCCUGUCUCCAGCUCCCAGAAGCGGCAGGAGGACGCCGCCGCAGGACGCUUCACCAACGCCAACUUUCAGGAGGUGCCCAGUCACCCUGGGGGCGUGGCCAAGGAUGGCCCGCCCACAGAGGGCAAGAGCUCAGAGGGCAAAGGCAAGAGGACGAGCAGCCACAGCUCGGGCCAGAGGGGGCGCAAGUCUGCCGCCAGCAAACCCCCCCUUUCUGCAGCGGUCUCAGCAGCGCCCCCUACUGCUACCACACCUUCCAGCAGCCCGUUUCAGCAAGGUGUGCAUUUGGCUCUGAAGUCCUCGGGCGGUGCGGCGGCAGCUCAGCCCGCUGCGGAGUUCCUCGGCUUCUCCGAGUCGGACCCGCGCAAUGACUCCUCGUACGCGCAGCCGUCCUUCGCGCGCGGCCCCGCCAAGCCGGCCGGAGAGGGCGGCGCCCCCGAGGGAGCCCCGCCUCUGAGCGCCGCCAGCGCGCUGAUGUCGCUGCCGCCGGCCCCCGCCGCCUCCGGCAGCAAGCCGGCGGAGAACUCGCGCUCGGCGUCCUCCUCCGCCGGGUACAAGCGCUCCUCCUCUUCCUCUUCCUCGGCCGCCGCGCCCGGCGAGGACGGCGCCAAGGUGAAGAAGAAGCGCGGGAAGUGGAGGAACCGCUACGGGCCCUGCUGGUCCCUGGACCCCACCACCCCCCCGGAGCCCGGCCACCUGCCCCAGCCCGCCUCGGCCGCCCCGGCCCUCCCCUCCGCGAACUCGGCGCCCAGCGCCACCAACCCCAGCGGCGGCGGCGGCGGCCUGGUCCAGAAGUCCCCCUCCCUCCUCAGGAACGGAAGUUUACAGAGCCACAGCGUCAGCUCCUCACCCGCUGGACCAGGUUCCUUCUCCAGCAGUGACGCCCUGGCGCCUCUGAGUGGCAUGGCUAGCAGCUCCGGCGUAACUCUGGGCAGUGCCGAGUUACCCCAGCCGACUCCGGCCGGCCCCUCCCUGCCCAGCACCGUCUGCUCCCACUCCAGUGCAUUGCCCGGAUCUUCCUUCAACCUGGCGCCCCCCCACAUGUUCGGGAACCGGCUGAACCCCAACUCCGCCAUGGCCUCCCUGUUCACCCAGUCGGAGAGCUCCCCUGCAGACCCCGACCUGGGCUUCUCCACUUCAGGAGCGUCGCCAAAAUCGAACCUCUCCCCUCGGUCUCCUGUGAGCGGUCUGCAGAUCCGCUAUGACCCACCUGGUGCAGGUGUCCUGGGUUCGACCGCCAACGGCACAAGCUCAGCGCCCCCAGUGGCCAACAGCAUAGAGCAGCUGCUGGAGAGGCAGUGGAAUGAGGGCCAGCAGUUUCUCCUACAGCAAGGGACCUCUGGGGACUUGCUGGGCAUGCUUAAGUCUCUGCACCAGCUGCAGGUGGAGAACAGGCGGCUGGAGGAACAGAUACGGACUCUGACUGUGAAGAAGGAACGUCUGCAGCUGCUGAGUGCCCAGCUUUCCGUUCCUUUCCCACCGGCUAGCUCCGCCUACACCUCCACUGGCUCCUCCUCCUCUUCACCCCGCCCACUCCCCUCCAGCACACACACAGAUGUGUUGAACAGCAGCAAAAGUCCACAGCUGGGCAGCAGCUUCUUACCAGACUCUACACUCCCUCUAGCCAUGCAGGACCCCCCCUCCGGAGGACGCAGCAGCAGCGUCUCCUCCCUCUCCACCCCUCCCUCGCUGGGCCACGACUCCCCGCAGCCUGGCCAGCAGCAGCUACAGGUGAACGGGGUGGUGGGCGGAGCCUUGCAGGCCACGCCCACCGCCACAGCACCUUCCCUUCCCGCCCUCCCUGGGGUUACAGGGCUGAUGGGGGCCAUCCAGGGCGGCCAGCUGGCCAUGAACGGCAUUGUUGGGGCCCUGAAUGGCGUAAUCCAAACCUCUCCCAGCCUGGCGCAGAGCACCACCCCCCUCCCCCACCCCGCCGCCAUGCCUGGAGUGUCCCUCACCCUGCCAAGCUCCCUGGGCAACAGCGGUGCCACACCUGCAAAGACCAGCACGGCAGGCCUGGGGCUGAUCUCAGAACAGCAGAGACAGAUCCUCCUCCACCAGCACCAGCUCCAGCAACUCUUCCCCACUCCGGAGCAGCAGACACUUCUCUACCAGCUCAUGCAGCAGCAGCAGCAGCAGCAGCAUCUCUCUUCCUCUCAGCUGCCAAUCAGCAGCCUGCUCCCGGCCGCCCAGGGCGCCAUCGCCGCCAACCCUUUCCUGGCCAUGCACGCUGAGGCCGCUCAGAAAACCGCGAGGCUGGUGGAGAAGGGUGGAGCGGUGGCCGGGCAGGAGAAGAGCUGACGUCUCCUCCCCAAAAGCUCCUCUCAGCAGCCGCCAUCUUAGAGCCGAGACUCGAGAUUCCCAGCGGCUGGAGAACACCCUCCCGGAGAGACGUAGAGGAGCCCCAAGCUGCACUGCACAGAAACAGAAUUCCCACUGAGCAGCCCAGGCCACCAGAGAACCAACGACCAGCCGAGAGUAUCACCGUGGAAAGGGAGGGAGGGAUUGUGUGAACCUAACUCCGGUCGAACCUUGGUCCAGCAGUGGGAGGUGGCGGUAGGCUGGCUUGCAUCUUGCCGGGUCUUGGGGCCACUUAAUUGAACAGCAGUGCAUUCUGGGAUUCCACUUGGGCCAACAUGAACACUAUAACUUGACUUAAUUGGCCCUGGUGAAUACAAAUCGCGCCCUGUCGAGACAUCAGACUAAAAAUGAGUCUCUGCGAGAUUAGCGUCGCCGAGCACGGCUACCAAGGGUCCUCCAGUUGCAUUUGUCCUGAUCCUUGGCUGAGCAAACUGAUCCUGGUACAGCGGAGGGAGACGACGGAGGCCCACAAUCAGGCAUCUGCCGCCAUGGCCACUGUACUGAGAGCAGUCACUGGGCCUCCUGCCGGUCCAAUGCUGUCUGGCUGACUGUCAAAGACCCUGCCUGCGUUCUCCACCCACUCACACAACGUUUCAGCAUCACUCUGCAGCUCCGACAGUACAAUCAAAUCUGUGUUUCGAUCCGCUUUGCCUCUAUCCAAAAAAAAGUGCAUUAGGUGUGUAGCAUUAGGUAUGUAGCAGUGCCACAGAAAGCUGACUUUGUCUGUUUUGUCCUCGCCCACAAUGUGCACAAGAUUACGUAUUUGUAAAACACCCAGUUUUCCAUUUAUCAUUGAGAUCCUUUGUGUUCCUACUACUGUUUCAAUGGUGAUUUCAAAUUCGUUCAGCUCGGGUUGCCUAGCAUACAUUUAUAUGUUCGGCUAGAUCUAGAGGACAAUCUAACUGCGUAAAGAUUUUUGAUAGCGGAGGCUCACUUGUAAGAGGCUCCUUACAGCCUCAACUGUGUGCAGAGCUGAAUGCAGAUUUUUGGAUUAGAGCGAGCCUGGUCAGUUUGGAAUUGCACAGUUUUACCUCGUUUGUGUAAAUAUGCGUUUCUUUCUCCUUGGUGUUGUGAUGCCACCUCAGUUUUUGUUCCAGUGUUUCCUUCAGCCUCAUGGGUGACAAACUGGACACAAAGUAUUUAUUUUUAAAUAUGCAGGGAAAUCUUUUUAGAAAUCUUGCACCGUGUUCUUGACGGUGCACAUUUUGUAAUUUUUUUUUUCUUUUUUGGCAACAACUUUUCCCUUCUUUGUACAGCAUUUGACAAAUCUCAAAAAAAGUUUCUAUUUCAGAAUAGCACCAAAACUGUUAUUUAUGUCUGAAGAAAAAUGUGAUUUAUACAGCUUGUAGCAAGAACCUGUUAUAUAUGGAAUCAACUUUGUAGUGUAAAGCAAUGGUUUCAAAAGUUCUAAAUUAAAGAUGAUUUACAUUA